UUUAUAUAAAAAGGGUAAUUAGAACACCAUUGUCUUUCUCAAUUUCUUAAAUGUGGAUUGUGACGAAAAAACAAACCGAUCUUUUUCCAGGACAAGAAAUAGACAACGCCUUGCAAGAAGCUCAAGCAUACCUGAAGCAAAUGAAAGGAUACAAUUUGACGGGAAGACAAAUUGACGCUGACAAAACCCUGGAGAAAGUGGAAGAGGUUUUGCGAAAUGUGACUGAAUACAAGCUUCCUGUUGAAGAGCUGCAAGAAAAGGUUGACGAAAUCAAAGGAAAUUUGAAAGACAUUGACGGUAGAUUGGACGAUUUGUUCAACCACAGCCUGUACUCGUUGAACAUGGCCAAGGAAGCUGAGAGUAUCAUUGCAAAGAGUGGCCCUAAUUUGCGAAACGACGAAAUUUCUAGAGUCAUAUGAAGAUUGAAUCGAUAAAAGAGGUACCAAGCAAGUUGCCUCAGCACUACCCACACAUAAGUAUCUAUACUUGACACUCUUCUUGUAAAUUAUUUUUAAGGCAAUCGAAUUUUAUAAACUUCUUUACACUCAAAUUGAUCAAAUGCGGCUCAAAGACAUUUUAGCUACACAAAAAUUCGAAGC